AUGUCGUUCCGCAAAAUCGACAUCGACGCCUUUGACGAGGACGUCCUGCAGGAGAGCGAACUGUACGAUCCUGAUCCACGCGACCCCACCCAAGUCCUCGCAGAUGCCAAACAAAAACAGUCGACCGUGCGGAGUACCUUGUCAAGAGGCGAUAUAUCUGGUGCAUUGAACAUCGCUCUCGACAGUCCACCGUAUGGACCCAACGUCGACGAAGCCAAGAAUAUCACCCUCCAAACAGUCGUCUCUGUCCUCAACAGCACCAAAGCAACGGAGAUCCCAAACGUCCUCAAAUCGCUCUCCGAAGACGCCCAAGAUACGCUCAUGAAGUACAUCUACAAGGGUAUGGGUAUGCCCGGAUGGGGAGACGUCAGCGGAAGCGUGCUAUUAGCAUGGCACGAAAAGCUCACAGAAGUAGCGGGAACAGGUUGUAUCGUACGAGUGAUGUCGGAUCGGAGAACGGUGUAA